GGGGGUCAUGGGGUGUCGAUCCUUCCGUUAACAGCAACGCAGUUUCCUAGACUGCGUUUAGACGGUAUAUUUUGUGUUUCAUCAGCUAUCUACGCUCAGAAGAUAUCAAGGCUUCAUCCGAUUUUACUAUGUGGCCUACGGUAGUUAACGCCCCGAACUACUUCCACCACGACACUUAGACAUAGUGCAACUUUGGUAGCCGAACGACUUUUACUAAUAGACAUUUACAAGUUGGAUUUUUUUAGGACAACCAUGCCUGGCGGGAUCAAGUUGACGCGGCGUUUUUACCUGAUGCUUAUGCUAAACAAUGUAAUUUACAAGGUUGUUGCAGGAGGAUGGACUCACACGAAAGACGGAUUAGCAGAUAUAAACUAUGUCCGCCCGUAUCAUUCCACGGCAUCAGGCAAGUUCAUUUCUCACGAUAUUUUCGCGAUGUCUGAGAAUAAACUCUACCCAAAUCAGAAACAAAAAUCUGACACUACACCUGGAAUAAAAAGCGCUGUGGUGCAGCACUACACAAUCAAACUAGAUGAUGAGCUGUUGGUAAUGAGCCUUACAAGGGAUUCCCGUUUAACAGCGGAAGCAGUAGAAGACAUCAAUCGAAAUAUGAAGAAUAGGAUUCCGAGCAAAUGUCUGCUUAUUGGCUCUGUUAUUAAUGAUUUGAACUCCAGAGUUGUGAUUGACAAUUGCGAUGGAGCAUUUGUAAGUGUCGUCACUUUUUAAUCAAAUAAUUAAUAGAGUGAUCAUUAAUAAGCAUUCCAUUUGUCAGUUAGUGUAAUUAACCUAUAUUCGUUACCGUCCAAAAUUUAUACAUGAGUACACUAAUAGUAUAAAAUAUAUUCAUAUCUAGACUCCAGACCAUCUGUGCUAUAGGCCUACCUCUCACAAUGUCCCUUCGGAAAGGCCAAUUUAAAUUAA